AUGAACGAGCUGUUGAUAAGGUCCAAGAGCGGCAUCAAGCUCUACACCUUCGAGCGAAACGAGAACAAUGAGUACACGGGAAAAGUAACAUUCGAGUACGACGGGUGCAUACCCGACGCGAUCUGGUCGUGCGAUGGGAACUCCUUUCUCAUCCUGCACUCCGUGGAAGGCUUACUCCUCAUAUCAAAUUAUUCCGACAGAGAUAACAUAAGGGUAAAUAAAAUAACCUGCCACAAUAGGUACAAAGAACUCUUCACGGACGACAAUGUAAAAUUAAUCAAACAUGUGCAGUGGUCACCAGCCAAUAAAUUUGUUGUGUUCUUCUUCCCCUUUGAAGAGAAAAAUUUUGUCUCCAUAGGAAACCUACUCCUAUUCAGUGUACAGCAUAACAAAGUCCUUUGCUCCUUCAAGAUUAGAAAAAAAAUUUGUAGCAACUGGCCCAUCAUUCACUUCACCACUGAGGACAGAUAUUUUUUUCUGGAGAAGAAAUCGAACCUCUAUGUAUAUGACACACACCAGUUGAUACAAACCAACACAGAGGUCCUCCACAAUUUCGUAAAUACAGAUAUCCCAACGAAUUACCUUUUCACGUGGCAUCACCCAAAUGUCAUAGCCAUGUAUAUGUCCCCCUAUGUUGGAGAGGACGACGCAAGAUUCUUCAUUGUUCACACGAAGAAUAAUUUCCUUGGAGAUGUGUAUGUGUAUAAGAUACAGGGCUUGUCGUCUUGUUCGCUGAACCACGUAGAUGGGGUCCAUUCGGGAAAGAAGAAAAGUCCCCCCGAAAAAAAUGUCUCUUUGGAUCUGCUCAUACAAAAAAGUUUUGGUAACUUGGAUAAUCUGUAUUGCAUGUGGUCACUCAGCGGCAAGCAUGUUAUCCUUAUGGUAUACACAAACGAUACGACCAACAAGUCAUAUGGGUAUGUAAGCAACUGCUACUACUUCUCCCUCAGCGCCAGACAUAUGGGCAUGAAAAAGAUUAACGAACAAGUCGCACAGGAUGUUAAGUGGAAUCAAACCAGUGAUGACUUUCUCCUAAUUGAAGGCAAAUCAGAUAAUUCCAUUUUUCUGUAUGACCAUAAUUUAAAUAUAAAACUCAAAAUAUCGUCCCAGUACAAAAACACCAUUAAGUGGUGCCCCUUUGGUAACAUGAUUGCUCUUGGGGGGUUCGGUAAUUUAGCAGGUGAUAUAUGUUUUUACUUUAAAGAGAAAGAUGACUCGGUCAUUCUAAUAAAGCAAUAUAGGGAACCAUGUACUGUGCUGUGUGAUUGGUCUGCAGAUGGUACCCUCUUCAUGACGGCUUCCACUUACCCUAGGAUGAAGGUCGAAAAUACUUUUAAAAUAUAUACAUAUGAGGGAAAACUUGUUAAUAGCUACAAUUUUAACGAGCUGUAUGACGUCCAGUGGAAGAAGGCUCCUCCUGGGGUCCUCUCCGAGCCACCCAAACCACAGGCCAACCUGAAGGACAACAAGCGCAGCGUCUACAAGAUUAAGUAUAUGAAUGUGGAUGCAGCAGUUGGGAGUGGUGCAGGGAACGCCAUCGGAGGAAGUGUACUGAGCGGACUAAUUAGCCCCCCCGGUGCUGCUCCCAUCAGCGUCAACAACAUUAGUAGCGGAAACGCCUCUGACGCAAUGGACGAAGCCACCUUCAAGAAAACCAAAGGGGGAGCCGAAGCAGGCGACAAGGACAAGGCCAAAAUGGGAAAGGCCGUGGUGGCCCCGCCAGUUCCUUCCCCCAAUAAUGCGCAAGCGGCGGCCGCGACGCUAGGCAGAAAGAAGAAGCCGGAGAAGGGCGGUAAUGCUUACGACUGGGAUGUAGACUGGAGAAAUAAAACCGCCUCCGGCACGGCAGUAGCGGCGCCAUGCGCACCAUCAUCAGUAUCAGCAGCAUCAGCGGCUGCAGUAGGUUUGGUGGUCCCCCCCACUGGCACUGCCGGCAUUAGCGGCGCGAGCAGCGUCAGUAACGUUGGAAGUAUGGCCAGCAUAGGGAGCCUCGGCAAUGUCAGCUUAGGGAAGGUACCCGAGGAGAAGCACGACCAGGGAGUCACCCCCAACAUGGAAAAGAAGAACGUCGAGGUGUGCGCCGUCAAUGGUAGCACUGGUGAUAGUCUUCUCAGGAGAGACAACGUUGUAGGUGGCAUGGUAGAAGGACCGAAAGAGGACUACUGCGCCCAAGGCAUUCCCUCCCCAGAUAGUGCCAACGGCGCAGAUGCUCCAGCGACAGAUGAUAAAAAGAAACAGAAAAAGAAGAAAAAGGAAAAGGAGAAGGACAACACCGUGAAGCUCCAGAGCGAUGCGAGCAAAAGUAGCGUCACCACAAAACAGGUCGCGGUCAACAGCUGGGCCAAUGCCCACCCAAGUCAGAACGUGCAAGAUGGAACAAGCCUACUCUACCACAUGGGCAGAAGUAAUGUCCAGGUGGGGAUACCUCCACAUGCAUUCCCCCCAAACAGUUUUGCCGUUAAUGGUGGCCCCCCCGGAGACUGGAACGAACCAGAAAGGCAGACCAAGAAAGGGGAACCAACGGAAGGAGCGCAGAUGGAUAUGGGUAAAGGUAACGAGCAGGACAAACUGUUGGCGGAGGCUAGCCCCAACAAUGAGAAGGAGCCAGAUCAGGAUAAGAAAAGAAAAAAGGAAAAGAUAAAUAAAAAAAAGAAAAGUGAUGCCUCGGGUGCAGGUAAUGAAAAUGGCGUCGUUGGUGAGAGCGCGCCGGCGGGCAAGGAUAAGGUAGUUAUGCAGCCGGUUGCAAGCACAGCCGCCACUACAACGACAACGCAGGUGGUGCCCCCCCCCGAGAACGCCAAAAGCGAACCCCAAAGCACAAACAAAAUCACGAGCUUCCUGUCCAAAAUUAUGAAGUACAAGGCUGAUGUGUCAGGCAAGCAGGAUCGGGUCCCACAGGAGCUCGCACCGCCCAACGAUCGAGGCAUCAGUGAUGGAGGCACGAAUGAGCGUGAUGAAACCACUGCACGUGCUGCACCAGUGGUCCUAAGCGGCACGGGCGCACAGAAUGUUGUUGACACGCAGGAUAGCCCCUCACGUAACAGUAAUGGUCUCCCCAUGGUAGGUCAUGAUAAGGACGGAAGUAACACCCAUCAUCAGAGGAAGAACGACACGCUUCAUAGUGACAUGAAUGGCCCCCCUAAAAGCGGCGCAAAUAAAAAUAUCGCAGAGUCCUCUUCAUUGUAUCAGCCCCAUAUUAAUCCCCUCCCAAAUGGAGUACCCAUGCAGAGUGGUAAUUCCUCCUUCCCCCUGUUUAAUCAACUGUCUGUAGUAAAGCAAAGGAUUAUGCAGGGAAGCAGCCACCAUCCCCAAGGAGCAGACGGACCAGCACCAAGUGGCAAGAACCUAAAUGGCGACAUGUACUUCAACGCAUUACAACAGCAGAGUUACAAUGAUGUUACUAAAGGAAGUGCACACCAAAGCAGCCAUCUGUUGUACAUGUCAAAUCAGCAAGGAAAAUCGUUUUACUCUUCUACAUUGCCUGAGAGGAGGGAUAGCAGUGAAGGACCCAUUAACGAUGCGUCCUCCAUCCAAGUGAACCCCAGUAAUGAAGCAAAUGAACAAACUAGACCAACCAUUCGUAAUCCCCCUGAGGCUAAAAAAUCAAAUGAAGAUUUACUAAGAUUAUUCAAGAGGGUGUUACCUCACGCAACGGUUAAUAUUGUGGGAAAAAACCAACACACCAGUAAUAGUAUUUCCGACCCCAUGUUGAAUGCCUCAAGUGGACAUACCCUUAGCAGUACACAGAAUCUUGACCCGUCUGCACCACCUCCACGAAGAAACCUCAUUGAAGAACAAUAUCAAAUGGGCUUCAAAAGGGAACACAUAGAAGACAUACCUAUGACCUCAUCGAAUGAACAUAUCGGGAGGGACGAAGGAAAUAAUACCCACUGUGGAAUUAGCAGCAGCAGUAACAGUAGUAGCAGUGUUUUUUACCCCCAGCGUGCAAAAGAAAUUCACAAAAAGGAUUUGGCAACCGCAAUGAUUAUGAGAAUGAAACAGAAGGAAGAGCAACAGAAUGACAACAACAGGUUGAUGAUAAUGAUGAAGAAGAAGCAGAUGGUACCAUCCACAGGAAGGGAAAAUUCCAUUCCUGCAAAUAUAAAAUCACACCUAUCUAACUUAGACCUGUGUGAACUGCUGAAAUGUUACCACUCUCUGAAUGUACAACUCAUUCAGUUAAAAUUGUAUUGGAUCAUGCACAAAAUUCAGGCGUAUGACUCGACUGGGAGUGGAGGAACGCACGCCAAGGAACUCAUGGCCAAGGAUAAAAAGAUCGUCGCAAAGGUAAAGGAAAUGAAAAUGCUGCUAGAUUAUGCUAACGAUUUGGUGAAAGAAACGCUUGAGAAGAAUAGGAAAAAAUACGAAAGUCUGAUCCAACAGUUUACUGUUAUUCUUAAGCAGCAUGACAACCUGUACCAACAGAAGAAGGAAAAAAUGAUGCGAGACCACGCGGACAAGGAGGCCAUUGUGCAAUUCAUUUGUAACAUUGACAAAAUUGUCCACAGGUAUGUCACAACCAAUGGGCAACAUGAGGAGGAGGAGAAGAAAAAGAAGAAGGACCUGCCUGUGUCCGCUUCUCCAUCUCUCACGACUUCCGGUCAACAUCUCGGCAUCGUCGAUGGUAAGGGGGAACAAGGGCAAUCGUCUACUAUGCCUCUCAACAGCGCAGCGGAAUACACCAGUGGCUUUACCAGCGAUUACGCAGGAGGAAGCUAUCUGGGAGGCUACCCGGCCAGUUACUCCAAUAUCAUGAGGAAGACUGGCCCACCCCCUAUGGAAAUGCAACACAAGUUACUCAUGCAAAAAUUGAGCGAUCCAGGCAGACGAACUGAUGGCAACUACAACCAACAAAAUCUGAAUCAGAACAAAAUAAGUCUCUCGGAGUACCAAAGAAAUUAUUUUUUAAAUACAAUUGGAGGACAUAAUAAAGACGAGCAGGCCAAAAUGUUCCUCAAGAGGAGUGGCGGGAAUAAUGAGCCAGGAGUAACUUCUUCACUUGAUAUCACCUAUGCGGAAGAGCAGGAGGAUAAGAAGAACAACCCAGUGGGAAGAGCAGGCGGGUACGAGGCUAUUAGUAGGGGCAGCAUGUACAGUAGAGGCGCUCAAAGUCUCGAAGUGUUUCCCCGCGAUGGGCUUUCCCUCGACGGACACACCAGUCACAACGAUCUCACCAAUCGCAACAUCAACGGAGCGUGCACAUCGCCCCUCCUCAACAGAAUCAACAAGUCACUGAUGAACAAGUCGAGCAAGGAGGACGGUGCGCAAGACCGCGAUAGUAUUAAGGACAUGUCAGGCAAGUACAGCCUGCUGGAACUUUUGAGAAAGAAAAAGCAAUUGGAGAUGCAGGGUGGCGUGCAAAGCGGAAUACAAAGCGGCCUACUCAGCAGUCUGAGGGCUGGUGCCCAAGGAAGGGACGACCACCUGGACGCCAACUCCAUGCUGCGUAAAGCCAACCAGAGCAGCACUCCGCAGGGGGGCAAGUAUACCGCCCAAGAGCAGGACAUAACACACAGGAUAAAAAGCAUGAUGCACGCUGGUGCCAAGGAGCAACAUCAUCACUCGCACCAAGGGCAGCACCAGCAGAUGGCCACCACCAGUCCCUCGCCAGACCACCUAAAUUAUUAUUACCAAAAUGCCCAAGCGGAUCAAAGUACUUUCACGAGUCAAGCGAAACACGAAGCGAAGGCGCUAAAUCAUUGUGACCGAGUAAAAACACAAAUCGACAUGGUAAUGACCCCAAUGAGGGAGCCAAUGAAGCAGGACACGCAUACAAGCAAACAACAUCAACAGUAUGCCCCCCCAAAAGAGUACAUGCACUUUAGCGAUUACAACUCUUUUGUGAAGAGCGCCAAUAUGUACCCUAGCGGGCUUAGGAUCAAUUCGAAAGAAGACGUGUCCCCGAAAGGAAGCGACCAGACGAACGGGGGAGUCGCAGUUGGGACCGCAGCUGGUGCAGCUAGAGCAAUAGGAGGCGCCUUGAAUGACCAAAGGACAGCGGGACGUGGGGACAUUCACCUGAACUAUAUGUCAAACGAAAGAAACAAGAGCGAAGACCACCACUCGAUGAUGCACCCCAACGCUGCGCAUCCGUCACAUGUCCUCCCCACAGCGCAACCCGCGCAACCGGCGCAAAUGGUGUGCAAGAUUCCCAGCAUAUACAAAACGAGUAGCACCAAUAAAAGUAUGAACAGUUCAGGUGAAAAGAAGAACGCAACGUACAACCUUUUGGAGAUGGAGGAAACCAAACGUCCAGAUGCCUUGCGAGAUAAGUGUUGGCAGUACGUGGACCCCAAGGGCGUAGUGCAGGGACCCUUUUUCCUUGACGAGAUGAGGAUUUGGAGUGAAAUGGGGUACUUCGAGCCGAUGCUGCCCGUCCGAUGCUGCGACUCUGAUCGCUUUGUUGCCCUGAACAAACUGUUCCCCCCUCCACAUAAGCCCUUCACCAUUAUUCCGAAGCCACAACCGAUACUGCAGUGGGACGAGGAGUUAUGA